UCUCAUUUCUCCGUCACCGUGUUCCUUGCCUCCCCUUUGGCCGGCAGGCUAUCCAAGAGCGUUUAUAGGCUAUUUUUUACUUUUUGGUUCCGGUCUGACGCCAUAGAUCCGGCAUGCUACUGCGUCAGAUAGACGGUCCUGCCUCGGAUGAGUGCUCCUAUGGCGUCGUGGAAGGGCCGCACAGCAAUGGAGGAUGCCAUGGUCGCCAGUCGGUUAUCUAACAGCGUCGAUCGGCUAUUUUCCUUUUUGGUUCCGAUCUAACGCCAUAUAUCCGUCAUCAUACUGCGUCAAAUCGACGCUCCUGGCUACGAUGAGCGCUCCUAUGGCGUCGGCCGGUGUCUGGAGGGCAGAUCUGGUACGCACCCCUGGAUCAGGUUCUAAUAGAGACACAGGUCUCGGUUUCCUACUGCUUCUUAUCGUCGAUCGGUGUUCCUAGGUUCCAGUGCGGCCAAUGAUCCGCAAUGGUUCCUGUUGGGGAUGGACAAUGUCGACGUCUACGUUUUAGAAAAUGAAGGAGGGGAAUCAUUGCCAUGGGACGAGCAGUCAUUUUUAUCUGGUGGAGAAUGUAAAUCGGGCAUUCUGAGUGAAUUUUUUUGAGGAGGUGGGUUUGUUUGGUCUUCUUGCACUUUUUCAAUUGUUAAUGAACAUGUUUCCUCUGGUAUAGCUUGACGUCUUCCUGUUCCAACUAAUUUUUUAUGAAAUAUGUACUUUGAGGGAGGGGGAUGGUCGUUUAAUAAUACAGUAAUGUAGUUUCUGCAUUCUUAAACUGGUAUUUUUCUUUUCACUUAGCUAAUGUCUUUUGAUAUUAUCUUAAUAUAUGCUGUUACUUCUGGGGUCAGUUUUUCCCUUUUUUUUUUUUGUUUGUCACCAUUCUUAGAAAAGUAUGUUUCCAAAUGUGAGAUAUUGGUUGAAAUGUUAUCUAUGAGACUUUCAUGUUCUAAGAAUUUUUUUUCAUUAUUGACUGAAUUUGCAUCAUGUGAAGAAGAUUGUAGAUGGGAUUUGAUUUAUUCUGAAAUAUGUAUAAGCCAUUAAUUUAUCAAGGAGUGUGAUGAAAUUACUCUUUGAGGUCAUCCCCAUCAGGGACCAAACCAUGCAUUCCACAGGUUCAGGCAAACCUUCCACUUGAACCCAAAACCAAAACUGGUUGUAAAUUUUGGACUUCCUCAAAAUUUUCUUUAUGGAGUUUUUAAUGUUUUUAUGUAAAAAAUAAGUCCUUAAACCUUGUUGCUAAUAUGUGCAUUCUGAAUGGAGAAGUCACGAGGCUUAUUCAAUUAUUGAAUUAAGCCCAUGAAAACUG